CGAGCAAACCUUUGACCGUGACACCCAACGUCCAGCCACCAAUGGAUGUGGACGACCGCCCACCACAGCUCAACCUCAUUCUAGAACCAAGCUCUCUAGGUCUUCCUCUUUCUCUUCCAGCUACACCAAGUUCUCCCGCCCAUCCCCAAGAUUCCAAGCCCAAGAAAGCGAAUCCCCUCAACGACCUUAUUGACACGGAGAAGGCCUACACCGAUCUACUUGGGGGUGUUAUCAAGAAAGUGGCAGCGGCAUGGUCUCGGUCUAACAUGCCGCCCCCAAAACUAGACACCAUGUUUAGAAGCAUAGAAAGCGUUUAUAGAUCAAACCGCUCCCUUCUAGCUAAACUAAGAGAGAUCGGCACCUCGUCUCCCAAGGCACUCGGCGACCUUUUAAUUCGAUGGGUUGAUGAUCUUGAAGGCCCAUAUACUAGCUAUUGCACGCAAUAUCGCUCGGGUUUCGAUCACUGGGAACCAGUGCAAGUGAAUACACGUCUGGCGCCCAUUCUCGAGUCUUUUUCUGCUGCAAAUCCCCCGCCUACAUCCAGCAACGCAGAUCCCUCUGUAUGGUCAUUGGAUGAUCUUUUCCUUCUGCCCAAAGGUCGUCUCAAGUAUUACAAGAAACUUUACUCUCGCCUGUUGAAAAGCACUCAGGCUGGGAAAAGUGAUCACCGCCUACUGGUCGAAGCACUAGACAAGUUGGAAAAGUUGUUGGCGAUAUUGGAUGAACGGGAUGGUAUGAAGGUGGAAACCCCUGCUGCAUCGCCGAAGUCAUCGCCUCCUGUGCUGCAGCCUGAAGAGGAAACCGUGAUCGAUAUGAAAGCGGAGCAAGACGGACAUGAGUCAUCGCCUGUUCAUCGAAGUGAUCCUAACGCUGCACUCACUAGCGAAGAUAGUUUGAUGAGAGAGAGCGGUGAAUCAGGAUCCGAACGUGUGUCGCAGGGUGCACCAUCAUCCUCCACAAGUCGUAGUUCAUCCUCAACGUUAAGCAUGCCAGUAACGGAUUUAGAAAGGAGGUUGUCGACACAACGCACUCUCGACAUCUUUACAAUGACACCAAAGAUGGUCAAACUGCAAAUGUCGCCACCUGCGUUGACAUUCACGCGCGAAUUCAGGUGUUCUGUCGAUAUUACAAUUCGGUUGACUCCUCGUUCCACUGGCGUCGAAGUUGUGUACCAACGUGGUCAUAUCUUCUUGCUCUCAGAUCUGUUUCUGAUAUGCUCGCAUAUGACUCCGCAAGAACGCGCCGAGCACGGGGUCAAUGGCGCUGAUAUGUGGUUGAUGUACCCUCCACUAUCAGGCAAGGUUUUAAGAGUAUCAGAGCCUCUGGAGCAAGACAACACUCUUCAAGUCCAUAUCAUGAGAAAGGAAACCAUCGUUCUGACUGCUGACAGUGUCGCUAUCCGUGACAACCUCUAUGCUGAAUUGAAAGGUUGCAUUGAAUUCGCAGCUUCAGUUGGUCCAGUAUCAAAACAGCCUCCUCCUCCGGUGCCUCCUUUACCCGGACUCUCUGCCUCAACCUCCCUUCCCCAUCCAUCCUCUCCUUCCUUCUUCCAAGCAUCACCUUCCUCAGCCCGCAGUAGUGACUCGAGUCAUUUCAGCUCAAGCGUGAGGACAUCUUCGCCACCCACUCUCAACGGUUACAGAGGUUCACAUAGUUCAUCUAAAACUCCUGAGAUGGGACCAUCACCUAGAUCAUCAAGUGGGGUGGACUCUGUUACCGGACAAUUCGCCAACAUGGCAAUGCCUCCACCAAUAGGCCCCCGGAUGUCACCUCAAGGACCUGGGCCAUUCCCUCCCGUCGCAUCACCUCCCCUUUCCAUUGGUCCUGGGCAAGUUUUUCGGAACCCCAGCAUGACUCAUGCACCAGGUUCACCUCCUCCCUCUCUUGGUCCUAGUCAAGUCUUCCGAAAUCCGAGGAGCUUCACUCAUGGGCCUGGUUCUCCUCCCCCUUCCGUUGGCUCAGGGCAAGUACUUGGACCUCCUCGAACGGCUAGCGUGGGACAAGGUGGCCCCGCUCCUGGUCCUCCGAUACCACGAAUGGGUGGCCCGUCUCCCCCUUUCUCACCACAACAAUCCGCACUGAACCGCCCAAAUCCUAAUCAGACACCCAUGUACCCUCCAGGUCAACAACAAAUGUUUGCUCCUAGGCCUAUGCAUAGACCAUACGGUCCUAUGGGAGAAAAUUCUCUACCGCCGAUUCCUCCGCGUCCUCCAUCCGAGCCUUCCUCUGAUGUCAUACAUAAGUCCCUCUCAACACGAUCCCUCAAUGCCGCCUAUCAACAAGGUCCACCAAGGUCCGCACCCCCGAUGCCUAACAUGCCACCAGGUACAUAUCCGCCGUAUCAUGACCCUGGGACCCCCAUUAGACCUGGCAUGAAUGAUGGGCUUCACCCCAUCUCUCGACCCACUCUUCCGUCCUCCCAAUUCAAGCGGGCGGUAUCGAACGCUCAGUCGUUUGCUGAUCCGAGUCCCCCAAGUUCGCCAGUCGAGGAGACUCCUAAGUUCUCGGGGCCCACGACACUGACUAUUUCUGCCAACAUGAAGUGCAAAGUAUUCUUGAAGCAGCAACAUCAGCAGUGGAAAUCGCUGGGAUCUGCCAGAUUGAAGCUUUAUACUCAGUCUCCAACGAACAUUAAGCAGUUGGUGGUAGAAGCGGAUAGUAAGGAUCACACAGUUUUGAUUUCGACAAUCGUUUUAACGGAUGGAGUCGAGCGUGUGGGAAAGACAGGAGUUGCGGUUGAACUCAGCGACAAAGGUGCCCGGACGGGUAUCGUGUACAUGCUCCAGUUGAGGAGUGACGAGUUCGCAGGAGGGCUUUUUGACAGUCUUUUGGAGGGCUCGGAUAGGUCGGGCCUGAGAUGA